AUGGAGAUCAAAGGCACCACUGUUCAGCUCCUCCUUAAAAAGGGAGCUGCUGGGCUUCCCCCAGCACAGACGUGGGAGCAACAUCAGAGCCUCCUCCAAGAUGCUGGCGGUCCUGCUCACGGUGGCCUUGCUGGCCCUGAGCCCAGCUCAGAGCUCAAGCGAAGGUAUAAGGGAAAGCAGCUGGUGGUGGUGGGUAUUGAGGUGCAAAGCCAGAAACAGCACCAGCAGCCUCAGGGAGCACCUAAUGGAGAAUUCAGACCUAGACCACCUGCUGGUAAUGGAAACCAGCAGGAAGGACCACAGCAGGGACCACCUCAGCAAGGAGGCCAGCAGCAGCAGCAACAGCCAAAUGGUCCCCCUCGUCCUGGAAACCAACAGGGACCACCUCAACAAGGAGGCCAGCAGCAGCAGCAACAGCCACAUGGUCCCCCUCGUCCUGGAAACCAGCAGGGACCACCUCAGCAAGGAGGCCAGCAGCAGCAACAGCAACCAAAUGGCCCCCCUCGUCCUGGAAACCAGCAGGGACCACCCCAACAAGGAGGUCAGCAACAGCAGCAGCAGCAGCAGCCAAAUCGCCCCCCUCGUCCUGGAAACCAGCAGGGACCACCCCAACAAGGAGGCCAGCAGCAGCAGCAGCAACCAAAUGGCCCCCCUCAUCCUGGAAACCAGCAGGGACCACCCCAACAAGGAGGCCAGCAGCAACAGCAGCAGCAGCAGCCAAAUCGCCCCCCUCGUCCUGGAAACCAGCAGGGACCACCCCAACAAGGAGGCCAGCAGCAGCAGCAGCAACCAAAUGGCCCCCCUCGUCCUGGAAACCAGCAGGGACCACCCCAACAA